CCAUGUUCAUAAAUACCGUGGAGAUGCAGCGCUUCUCCUUCUCUUUUCUCUUUUAAUUUGUAUUGUGUUGUGGGGGAGAAGGGAGAGAGAGAGAGAGAGAUGAAAGACGUUGAGGGAGGUGACCAUGAAAGGCAAGGAACCCUGUGGUCUGCAGCAGCCCACAUCGUGGCAGCCGUGAUAGGUUCUGGUGUGCUGGCGCUUGCAUGGAGUGUUGCUCAAUUGGGUUGGAUUGUGGGGCCUGUCGUUCUCUUUGGCUUCUCCUGCGUCACCUACUACUCCUCCACCCUCCUUGCCAACUGCUACCGGUUCCCAGAAGCCAUAAAUGGAACGAUCAAUCGCUCCUAUAUUGAUGCAGUUAGAUCUUAUCUAGGACCAAGAAAAGUGUUCUUCUGUGGAUGUGCUCAGUAUGUGAAUCUAUGGGGAACUCUAGUCGGCUACACUAUCACAGCUAGUACUAGCAUGAU